CUGCCAGACCUCGCCACUUUAGACCCACCAGACUGCCCCUCAGCCGCUCUCUUCUGGGUGCCGGGGUCCCGAGAGCAACGCUGCAGUGCAGAUUCAAGAUGUUGAAAGCUCUUUUCUUAACAAUGCUGACUCUGGCACUGGUUAUGUCACAAGACACCGAAGAAACCAUCACAUAUACGCAAUGCACAGAUGGAUAUGAAUGGGAUCCUGUAAGACAGCAGUGCAAAGAUAUUGAUGAAUGUGACAUUGUCCCAGACGCUUGCAAAGGUGGAAUGAAAUGUGUCAAUCACUAUGGAGGAUACCUCUGCCUUCCUAAAACAGCCCAGAUUAUUGUCAAUAAUGAACAACCUCAGCAAGAAAUACCUGCAGCUGAAACUGUGGCAGCAGCUGCAAAUGCAGCUGCAACCUCUGGCACAGGCUCCGGGGGUGUCACUGCUACCGGCAUGGCCGCCAGUGGAAUAAUACCCGGGGGUGGUUUUGUUGCCAGCGCUGCUGCAGUUGCAGGCCCGGAAGUGCAAACUGGCCGAAAUAAUUUUGUCUUUCGGAGAAAUCCAGCUGAAUCUCAGCGCAUCCCCUCCAAUCCUGAUGGGAUCCAGUGUGCAGCAGGCUUUGAGCAGAAUGAGCAGAAUGCAUGCCAAGACAUAGAUGAAUGCACUACAGGGGCGCACAACUGCAGAGGUGACCAACUGUGCAUCAAUUUACGAGGCUCCUUCACCUGUCAGUGUCCCUCAGGGUAUCAGAAGAGGGGAGACCAAUGUGUUGACAUAGAUGAAUGCGCUGUGCCUCCUUUUUGCCAGCAAAGAUGUGUGAACACACCAGGAUCAUUUUAUUGCCAGUGCAGUCCUGGGUUUCAACUGGCAGCAAACAACUAUACCUGUGUAGAUAUAAAUGAGUGUGAUGCCAGUAAUCCAUGUGCUCAGCAGUGCUACAACUUCCUUGGUUCAUUCAUCUGUCAAUGCAAUCAAGGAUAUGAGCUAAGCAGUGACAGAAUCAACUGUGAAGACAUUGAUGAAUGUAGAACCUCAAGCUACUUGUGUCAAUAUCGAUGUGUUAAUGAACCUGGCAAAUUCUCCUGUAUGUGCCCCCAAGGAUACCAAUUGGUGAGAAGUAGAACAUGUCAGGAUAUAAAUGAGUGUGAGACCACAAAUGAAUGCCGGGAUGAUGAAAUGUGUUGGAAUUAUCAUGGUGGCUUUCGCUGUUAUCCACAAAAUCCUUGUCAAGACCCCUAUGUUCUAACAUCAGAAAACCGAUGUGUUUGCCCAGUCUCAAACUCAGUAUGCCUAGAACUCCCCCAGUCCAUAGUUCACAAAUACAUGAGCAUCCGAUCUGAGAGAUCUGUGCCAUCUGACAUUUUCCAGAUACAGGCCACAACCAUUUACACCAAUACAAUCAAUACGUUUCGGAUUAAAUCUGGAAAUGAAAAUGGAGAAUUCUACCUAAGACAAACAAGCCCUGUAAGUGCAAUGCUCGUGCUGGUGAAGUCACUAACAGGACCAAGGGAGUACAUCGUGGAACUGGAGAUGCUAACAGUCAGUAGUAUAGGAACUUAUCGCACAAGCUCAGUCUUAAGAUUGACAAUAAUAGUGGGGCCAUUCUCAUUUUAGUCUUUCAUGUGUCUUCUAUAGGCAUUUAAAUUAGCCAAAGAAUAUUCUAAAGCACUAUUUUAUUUAUAGACAUAUCUAGUACAUCAACAUCUAUACAUUCACCAAAAAUUCAAACAAUUACAACAUGGUAUAAAUGGGCAUUUAAUCUGUAAAGAUCAAAAGUUUGUAUAACUAUAUGUAAAUUAGUCACUAAUCUACUAAACCAAUAUAAUUCAAAAGAACUAAGUGUAAUAUAGCAGGUGAAAUCUGGAUUUUUUUUCUGUAAAAGUAGGACCAAGAAAUGAUUCUCUUCUGUGGUGCUUAAGGUAACUUACUUAAGGUUACUUAAGGUAACUUACAUCCUCACAGUAAGUCUCAUAAGGACAAAGCCAUCAUACCAUCAAACAGCAUGCAAGUUCAAGAAUAAUUUUUUUAAUUUCUUUGUAAGAAAAUGGAAUAAGUCACCAAAUAUAUAUUUCUUUUGAAAAUAAAGAUUCCCUCAUAUUUGUGUUGACUUUUAUUUUUAUGAUUACUCUAAAUGUGAUUAUCAUAUAGUAAUAAAACUACUGGUUUUAUAUGCUA